AUGUAUUAUAACAAUAAUCUAGAAGAAGAAGAAGAAAAAGUACAAGAUUUUUUUAAUGUUAAUACUAGUUAUCAAGAUGAUCAACUAAGACAUGAAUAUCUUUAUCAAUCUUAUCAAAAUACACUUUUAAAUGAACAAACAGACAACAACACCAACAACAACACCCCAACUAAAGAGUUAGCGGAACCUGUUGGUGCUGAUAUCAUACAUUCAUUAGACGACUCAAUCGAACAAUAUAUAAAAAUCAAUGAAACAACUGAUGAUUCUAUAUUUAAACAUAUAAAUAAUGAAAAUGACAAAGAAGAAAAUGAAAAAUAUCAGUAUGAACAUGAAGAUGAGGAGGAAGAAGAUGAAGAUGAAGAUGAUAGUUUAAUAUAUAGCAGUAGUAGUAGUAGUGGUGAUUAUAGUCAUAAUAAUAGUUGUAUAUAUAAUAGUAGUAUAAAUGAUAAUGAUAGUUUUGUAAAUAAUAAUGAUAGUAAUAAUAGUAAUAGUAAAAGUGGUGGAUCAAGUUCUUCAUGCAGUUACAGUAUAGAUUAUGAUAGCGAUGAUUUCCGAGGUAUGAACAACAGUAUCAAUACUCACAUGGCAAGUCUUAAUGAUUUGUAUCAGCAGCAACAACAACGAAUCAAUCAACAUCAACAAAGACAAGCACAGAGAAUACCGUUCUUCAGAAGUGUAUACGGACAGCUGUUCAUUGUCAUUACACUUGCCAUCCUCAUGCAACUGCUAAAGACCGAUGAUUUCAAUCAUCGACAUCACCACCACACCAGCCAUCAUAAUAAUUUCCAAUCGAAUGCCCAAUCGAACGACAACUCCAUACCGACACAAUUUCAACCAAAAGAUGACAGACUCCUAAAGAUGAUCAAUCAAUAUGUAUAUUUCAACAAACUUGGCGAUAGACCAACAACACUUUCCAUACUUUACGAUAUACUUAAACUAUCGCCCUAUGACUGUGGUGCAAGUAUGAGAAUUGCUCAAUUACUAUUAGAAGAUGAUGGUAGAAAUAUAACAACAGUUAAUAAAGCAGAGAGUAUGUUUAUCAGAGCUUUGGAUUGCGAAAGAUGGUUAAAAAUAGAUUACAUUACAGAGUUUGUAGAUUUUUAUUUAUCGUUGAAUCGAUUUCAAGAAGCAGCUGCACUACUGACAAGAUCGUCAACUAUGUUCCCAGAUGACAUGAAUUUUAAGAUUCAACUUCAAAGACUGAGGUCAAAACUAAACUUACAAAUUGAACCUUCACCAAAUGGAUAUUGUUUUUCUGGAUUAGAUUAA